CCCUCCCCUCCCAAGCAUUGAAAACAUCUCCAACACCAGGCCUUCUCCUUCACUUCUGAUUCUCACUACUCGCCAUCAUGUCUAAAUAUACGGAUCUUGACCAAACUGCGAUCAACACGAUCAGAACUCUCGCCGUCGAUGCAACUGCACAGGCGAACUCUGGUCACCCGGGUGCCCCUAUGGGCAUGGCCCCGGUUGCCCACGUCUUGUUCAACAAGUUCAUGACUUUCAACCCCAAGAACCCUGACUGGUUGAACCGCGACCGAUUCGUCCUCUCUAACGGACACGGCUGCAUGCUCCAGUAUGCUCUUCUGCACUUGUUCGGCUACGCAGUCAGCCUUGACGACCUGAAGAACUUCCGUCAAAUCGACUCCAUUACUCCUGGUCACCCUGAGGCCCACGACACUCCCGGUAUCGAAGUCACUACUGGUCCUCUCGGUCAGGGCUUCGCCAAUGCCGUCGGUCUUGCAAUUGCCGAGAGGCACACCGGCGCUGUUUUCAACAAGCCUGGCUACGAGCUCGUAAACAACUACACAUACGCCUUUUUCGGUGAUGGUUGCGCUAUGGAGGGCAUUGCCUCUGAGGCCGCUUCGAUGGCUGGUCAUCUGCAGCUCGGCAACCUCAUCAUGAUCUAUGAUGACAACCACAUCUCCAUUGAUGGUGACACCAAGUGCGCUUUCACUGAAGACGUCCUGAAGCGAUUCGAGGCCUAUGGCUGGCACACACAGCACGUCGAGGACGGCGACAACGAUCUCGACAGCAUUGAGGCUGCCAUCAAGAAGGCCCAGGAGGUCAAGGACAAGCCUUCCGUCAUCAAGCUGACUACCACUAUUGGUUUUGGCUCCAAGCUCCAGGGUACUGGUGGUGUCCACGGUAACCCCCUGAAGCCUGACGAUAUCAAGAGCGUGAAGGAGAAGUUCGGUUUCGAUCCCGAGAAGACCUUCGUCGUCCCCCAGGAGGUCUACGACCAGUACCACAAGCACGCUGCUGAAGGUGCUGCCGCUGAGCAGGAGUGGAACCAGCUCCUCGAGAAGUACAGCAAGGAAUACCCAGACCUGCACAAGGACCUCGUCCGCCGCCAAAGCAAGGACCUUCCUGAAGGCUGGGAGAAGUCUCUCCCCACAUACAAGCCUACUGACUCCGCGAUCGCUUCCAGGAAGCUGUCCGAGUCUGUCCUCGAGGCUAUUCACGGUGUGGUUCCUGAGCUGAUCUCCGGUUCUGCCGAUUUGACUGGCUCCAACAACACCCGAUGGAAGAAUGCUGUCGACUUCCAGCCUCCUAACCUGGGCAUUGGAGAGUGGUCUGGACGUUACAUGAGGUACGGUGUCCGUGAGCACGCCAUGGCCGCUGUCAUGAACGGUCUGUCCGCCUACGGAACCAUCAUCCCCGCCGGUGGUACUUUCCUCAACUUCGUUUCCUACGCCGCCGGUGCCGUUCGCCUCUCUGCUCUCUCCCACCAGCGCCUGAUCCACGUCGCAACCCACGACUCCAUUGGUCUUGGUGAGGAUGGUCCCACUCACCAGCCUAUCGAAACCCUUGCACACUUCCGUGCUCUGCCCAACUGCAUGGUCUGGCGUCCCGCUGACGGUAACGAGACCUCCGCUGCCUACUACAUGGCCCUUACUUCUAAGGGCACUCCCUCCAUCCUGGCUCUGACACGUCAGAACUUGCCCCAGCUCGAGGGCUCGACUCUCGAGAACGGCAUCAAGGGUGGAUACGUUGCUCUUGAGAAGGAGGGCGCUGACGUCACACUCGUCUCCACUGGUUCUGAAGUCUCACUCUGUCUCGAGGCUGUCAAGACUCUCGAAGGACAGGGUCUCAAGGCUCGUGUCGUUUCCCUGCCAUGCUGGGAGGUAUUCGACGCCCAGUCUAAGGAGUACAAGCUCUCUGUCAUCCCAGACGGUAUUCCCACACUCUCCGUUGAGGUUAUGAGCACACUCGGGUGGGAGAAGUACUCGCACGAACAGUUCGGUCUCAACCGAUUUGGUGCCUCCGGUCCCUACAAGGAGGUUUACAAGAAGUUCGAGUUCACACCUGAGGGUGUUGCCAAGCGUGCGAAGCUCACAGUCGACUUCUACAAGGAUGUCAAGCCUCUCCGCUCGCCCGUCAACCGCGCUUUCCAGCAGCUUAUCUAAGUGUGCUCGCACGAUGUUGAAGUGCUAGCACUACGAGUUUGGUCUGAACGAAUAUGAGAAACGACCUGUUUGCGCUUAACGUAGUUCAUACGAUGAAAACUAGGAUGCGCAUGGAUGUAUAGAAUUGAUUUCCACACUAUGAGCCAUGAUUUCGCUUGCACUCCUGUUUCUCGAAUCGCUAGCCCAUUCACGUUGGUUUUGUGAAGUGUUGAGGUGAUACUUAUGUAACUAUCGGCGCCACAACAAGUCAGAAUUA